AUGUCUACCAAAAAAUAGGUUCAUGGAGGAAAAACAUCGAGAUCAAAUAGCAAAUAAUCUACAUCUAAUCCUAUGUAAGUGAGAAAGCGUUUUUCAUCAUUAUGUUCACCCCCAAACAAUUCAGGAACAUCACCUUGUGUCUUUUGUCAGAAAUUUAAAAAUUAGAAGGUUGAAUCCUAUGCUUCUCUCCUUAAUAAGGCUCUGUUUGCUAAAUACUCGUCAUCUCAAAACUACUAUUAUUCUAAAGACAUUAAUGAUAUAAUUGAUGAGGAAUCCACGCCGGCAGUCGUUUUUUAUAGAGAUUUGGAGUGCAUAGUAGAGGAAGAGGAAUAUCUGAAGAGAUCAUAUGUCAAAAAGGAGGCAACUUCUAAAAUCAAAGCCUUGCUUGAAUAUUACAAAUAUCAUAAGGACAUACCUCGACUCUUUAUGCAAAAGGUCUAUAUAACCAUAAAUAAGUUUCACGAAAAGAAGCGAAGGAUAGAGUAUGCAAAUAUUAAAAGGAAAUUGAAUAUCCCAGAUGAAGAUUUAUUGUAGUAACCAGCGAAAAUAAAGGAAAAGAAGAAACAGAAACACAGUGAUGAAGAUGUAUCAGUGGCUUAACUAAAACAUUUACUAAAGGAUUUGAAAUUAGAUACAAAUUCCUAUCUCUACAAAAAAGUUGAUAUCUCAAGUAGUGUAUAAUUACGCGAAUUCGUAUAACAAAUUGGACAAAAAUAUGAUUAUCUCGGAUAAAUUUCUGGUCUAUUGUCUAUUGAUUAAAGCAAUAGUUUUCUCUUAAGGUCACAAGAUCUUUCAACCAUAAACAAGAAUCUAAAAUAGAAUUAUCUUAUAAAUCACCAUAAGCAAGAACCUAAUUAGAAUUCCAAAGCACAAAUUUUAGAUUCUAAAACUACUCAUUAAAUUAGUUAUUAAGGGAGUUUUGAUAAAAUUAACUUUAAUAAAUUGCAUUUUAACAAUAUAGGAGAAGUCUCUUCUUUGAAAGCUGAAAACUCAAUUAAAGCAGGAGAAUAAACUAAAAGAUCAAGUCAAGACUAAUCACCAUUAAGGAAUUCUUAAUAAUCCUAAAUGAUCUAAAAGGUCUAUUCCCAAAUUGAAGGCUUUGCUAAUUUUGUGCAAAAACAGUAAUAAUCCUUGUAAAAAUAAUAAAAACAGAACUAUGCUUAAAAGUCGAAUUCGCAAAGGAAAGUCAGUGCUAAUUUCAAUUCAACUGAUUGCUAAUUCAGAUUACCAAGUAGAUAAAGUUCUAAUUAAAAGUAAUAUGCUGAAUUGUAGUCUUAAUAAGUGAAUUUCUUAAGAACCAGAGUGGCUUCCCAAUUAUAAAAGUACGAAGAUGAUUUCAAGAGUAUCAAACAUUAACCAUUAGCAACGGACAGAAUUCAAAGGUCUAGCGUUUAUAAUGUAGGAGAUAAAAGUCAACAGAAGUCUUCAUCAAAAAAUAUAUAAAAAAUACCAUAGAAAUUCACUUAAUAUGCCUUAGCCACAUUGAGGAAUCUGUAAGUAAAGAAUUCAGAAGUUAAGAAAAAAUAAACUGUCAAUAAAAACAAUGUGCAAGGACCCACUUUGAAUUCCUAAUUAUUGCAUUAUAGAACUAAAUCCUAAGAUACCAUUGGAACUUAUAAAGCAUCUUCCUCCAAAGUAGUCUGCGAGACAAGAUAAUUCAAAAGAUCCAUUAAGAAUUACAAACAACAUCAAUUUUUAAGGGUCAUCCAAAAAGGGAGGUGGUGUAUACAAUAUCAACUAAAAUAAUAUAAUUUGAAAUCUUCUGCCAAAAUAAAGUAAGGUGGAUCGUCAACUGCUCGAAUUAAUAGUCCCUAGAAAAAGUAAUCCCCAAAGGCAUUUUCGAAGUCUAUAACACUCAAAGAUCUAACUUAAGUCCCUUAAAGCAAAAAAUGA